AUGGACAGGAGCACCGGCUCGAGAUCUCCACUCUCCUCAUCUCCUUCAGAGCCCCCAACCCCCAACAGCACUGUGAAACUGCAGGUAGGGGAGCGUUGGUUCACCACCACCCGCGAUACCCUGGUAUCUCAGAGUACCUUCCUCGAAGCCCUACUCUCCAGCCGCUGGAAGGCCGACAGAGAGGACGGAUCCUACUUCAUCGACUCCGAUCCCACUCUAUUCGAGCAUAUCCUGCGAUACCUGCGCCGUCCCAACGUCUUUCCUAUUUUCUACGACCCGGUCAAGGGCCAUGACCUUGUGCUGUACAACGCCCUGCUCGAAGAAGCAAGGUACUUCGGCAUUGACACUCUGGUCGACUGGUUUGAGGGAGGGGGGUACCUGGACAAAGUCACUGUCAACCACACCGUGACUGUGAUUCGUGGGGAGCCGUCAAUUCUAGGCACCAUCUAUGACGAACAACAAGAGCCCAAUACUCGGGUGACUUUCCAUCCGCAGCUAGUCCCACUUAAGGUGUAUGUGUGUCCGCGAGGGAUAUGUGUGCAUCGUGGAAAGCAGUCAAUGUGCGGAAAGGCUUGCAGGAAGGCGCAAGGCGAUCUUCCUUCUACGUACGAGGAAGAGGUAGAGCAGAGGGUUGUGGUUGUAAAGACAAAGACUACCGUCGGGACGGACUUGGAAGCUGAUCAGGAUGGAAUGUAUGGAAUGUGUAAAGGUCAUGGAGGGUUGGAAGCGCAUGGAGUGGAUGGACCGAGCCUUAUAUAG